GAAAAUGAAGAAUCUGUUGGUGAUAUUUAUCAAGAUGAGCACAAUGAAGCAGCCAUAUUGUUACGACCGGAUAAAGAGAGUGGCGGUUAUUUAAUGGAAGGAAGUAUUGGAAAAGAAUUAGUAAUAAAACCAUUACCGAAACACUUACGGAAAUUGAAACCCGAUUUAUCUGAUGAUGAAAUGUUUUUAAAUCAGGAUGAUUUAAAUUCUGAAGUAUCAAUUGAUACUGGUUUACCAAUACGACGUCGUCCAAAACGUAAUAUUCAAAACAAUUUAGUUGAACAUGUGAUUUAUAAACGAAAAUUAAAUGAAGAAGAUUAUUUAAGUGAUUAUAUGUUAAUGGAACCCGAUCAUAUAUCAAAAAGAUAUCGUCGUUCAACAACAGACCAUAAACGAUCUAAACGUGAGGCACCUUAUGUAAUAUACCCCGAAAUUUUAGUUAUAGUCGAUUAUGAUGGUUACCGAUUACAUGGUGGUGAUAAUUUACAAAUUAAACGAUAUUUUGUAUCAUUUUGGAAUGGUGUUGAUUUACGAUACAAAUUAUUAAAAGGUCCAAAAGUACGGAUAUCAAUAGCUGGCAUAAUUAUUUCACGGGGCCGAGAUGCAACACCAUACUUAGAACGUAAUCGUGUCGGAAGAGAUGCAAUUGAUUCAGCAGCUGCAUUAACAGAUAUGGGAAAAUAUUUAUUUAAAGAAAGAAGAUUACCAGUCUAUGAUAUUGCUGUAGCAAUUACCAAAUAUGAUAUGUGUCGGAGGCGGAAAGGUGGCCGCUGUACCAAAGGAACAGCCGGAUUCGCAUAUGUUGGUGGAGCAUGCGUUGUGAAUAAACGUUUAGAAAAAGUUAACUCUGUGGCUAUUAUUGAAGAUACUGGUGGAUUCUCAGGAAUAAUAGUAGCUGCCCAUGAAGUUGGCCAUUUAUUAGGUGCAGUGCAUGAUGGAAGUCCCCCACCAAGUUACCUUGGUGGUCCUGGAGCUGAGAAAUGUCGUUGGGAAGAUGGUUAUAUUAUGUCAGAUUUACGUCAUACAGAACGAGGAUUCAGAUGGUCACCAUGUAGUAUACAAAGUUUUCAUCACUUUUUAAAUGGAGAUACCGCUACAUGUUUGUAUAACUCACCGCAUGAAGAUGAAAGUCUUGGGCGAGUAUUACCUGGAAAAUUAUUAAGUUUGGAUGCACAAUGUCGACGAGAUCGUGGAACGAGUGCUUGUUUCAAAGACGAUCGUGUAUGUGCCCAACUAUUUUGCUUCGAUUCCGGUAGUGGAUAUUGUGUGGCAUAUCGACCAGCAGCCGAAGGUUCAUCGUGUGGAGAUGGUCAGUACUGUAUAAACGGACGCUGUGUCACCGAACAUGAGAAUAUAAUACCAGAUUAUUCACAAAACACACCGUCAUAUAUUCGACGGCAAGAUGUGAAUGUCGACGAUUUAUUAGGUUAUCAAAAUACAGCGGCAACAGAACUUCGACCGUUGUAUUACAAUAGUACAACGCAAAGGUAUUAUUCAACAACUACUACUGAAGCGCCAACAACAUCGACUACACAAAAUUACUAUAAUUAUUACCAACAACAAACUGAAAGUACUGAAAAUCCCUAUUACAAUAGUUACUAUAGCAGCACAAAUAAUGAUUACACAACAUCAAAAUACAAUUAUUAUAACAAUUACAAGUCAACAAUACCAACAACUACAACUACACAAAAACCAUACUAUUAUUAUUCAACGACAACUAAAGCACCAGCUUACAAUUGGCAAUAUUAUAAAACUAGUAGUAGUAGCACAAAAACUAGUCGUACCACAACCACAACGACAAAAAAACCAUAUACUUACAGUUAUACCACUACAACAACACUUCCUAGUACAAUAAAUUCUUAUACAACAACAAAAAAUCCUUAUGUUGGUGAUUAUUACGAGCGAUUACGAAGUACGACCAAAAAUCCAUACGAUUUUGCAAAUUUUGGUCGUAGUACCACUGCAUCAUCAACAGAUGAUGUUUCUGGUGGGAAUAAUAAUUAUUUAAAACGUUCGUCCAAUUAUUAUUCAGCAUCACAACAAUCAAAUAGUUAUUCGCAAAUAAAUAAUAAUGCAACCACCAGAAGAUCAUUAAUUAGUGGGAGAUAAUUAUUUUUCUCAUUGAAUUAAAAUAUUUAUUAAAUUUCCUAAGGGGAAAGGCCGCCAUUAAUUUCAUCCAAUGAACACCGGACAGAAGAGUUAAAAAUAUUUAAAACGUAACGUUACACAGUUUACAUGUUGGUUUUUUUUUGUGUGUGCGUGGGUGAACCAAAUGAAAUAUGAAGAAUAGAAUAAAAAUCAUUAAACAUCACAAGUUUUUAUACAACAAAAUGGACAAUAUUUUAUAGGAUAGAACGACGUAACAAGCUGCCAAUAGUGUAAAAUAUUUGCCAACAUAAUAGUUAAACAAUACACCAUACGAAUUUCAAAAUCAAUAAUUAAAAUAAAACUGCCUUAAAAAAAUUUUGAAUUUAUGAACGACUCAGACAAAAAACUGAUAUUGAAGAUUUAAUUUUGUAUUUUAUCGUCAUAUUGAUCAUUUUGAAUUUUCGAUACAAGUCAAGUUCUGAAUUCGUUCAUAAACUAACAAUUAUUUUACCGACUUAUUGCAACAGUAAUUCUAGGAGACAAAAGACUUUUUUAAAGUAAAAAUAUUUAUGACUUCUUUUACUUCCUAGUUUGUACAGAUUGAACUGAAUCGAAUUCCGGUACGGUUUAAGCUAAAUCAGAUUAUAGAUUGAAUCGAGUUAGGUGAGCUGUUAUAACGAUUUAAUAAGCUAUUGAUAAUGUCUUAAGGAACUUGCACGGGUUUUUCUCGCCGAAAUCGUGAGUUAUUAAACAAGAUAAAACUGCGGAGUGCUAGUAAAUUAGAGGUUGAAAGUU